AGGACGAUCCGGAGACAACACAGCAGCUUCCACGACGCCAGCCUUCACAAUGCUUCUCCUCGACUAUCAGAACGCUCUCAUCCAGUCGGUGCUCACCGAGAGAUUCUCAGGUGCCCCGCCCGUCCAUAUCGACCAGACCGUAUCGGACUUCGAUGGCGUUACGUUCCAUAUCUCAACUCCUGAAGUAAAGACGAAGAUUCUACUGUCUCUCCAGAUUCGAUGCUUCAAGGACUUGGCCAAAUAUGGCGCUGAGCAGGUCCUCCAGCGGGAAUACGGACAAUACGUCGUUCCAGCUGAAGUUGGAUACGACUUCUCGGUGCUGAUCGACCUCGAGAACCUACCAGAGUCCAAGGAGGAACGCGACGCGUUGGCGAUGCAAUUCGCUCUACUAAAGCGCCAUGCCAUGGCUGCCCCGUUCGAGCAAGCAUACGAAGAGCACUACAAGCUGAAAGAGGAGGCAUCCAAAUUUAGCUCAGAAGAGGCGCCCAAGGGUCUCAUGGAGGGAGGAGAGGUCAAAGCCAUCCACUACCGAGAGGAGGAGGCCAUUUAUGUAAAGGCCAGCCACGAUCGUGUCACCGUCAUCUUCAGCACCAUCUUCCGAGAAGAAACCGAUAGAGUGUACGGAAAGGUCUUUAUUCAGGAGUUUGUCGAUGCCCGACGACGAGCUAUCCAGAAUGCACCCCAGGUGCUGUUCAGAAACGACCCCCCACUGGAGCUGCAGAGCGUUCCUGGAGUACGAGACACCGGCACCGGAGAAAUCGGAUACGUUACUUUUGUUCUCUUCCCAAGGCACCUGACUCCCCAGCGAAUGGCUGCCGUAAUCUCCCACAUUCAGACAUUCCGAGACAACUUCCACUACCACAUCAAAGCUUCCAAGGCAUACAUCCACUCUCGAAUGAGGAAGCGCACCGCAGAUUUCCUGCAAGUGCUGCGUCGUGCGCGUCCCGACAACGAGGAACGAGAGAGGAAGACGGCUAGCGGCAGGACAUUUAAGGUACAAAGCAGCUGAAGAGACUCUCGCAAUCUGUAGACUUUUUUUCCCUCCCUAUCUAGCCAAAUUAGAAUUGGGCAUCAUCUGUUGAGCGGAUGCGGCCUCUGACAUGGAUGAGGCGGCGAGUGGUGAGGUUCACAAGUGUAGGCAAUGAAUUUAUGAUAGGAGCCAUAUAGUCCAUAAUUCUAAGUUUUACAAUAAAUAAAUUAAAUAUUUUCAUUCUUUU